AUGAAGAAUUGCAAAGCAACAAGUACACCAGUUGCCAUUGGAGAGAAACUAUCAAGCCAAGGAGAUUUUGAGAAGGUUAGUGAAUCAACCUAUAGAAGUCUAGUUGGAUGUUUGCUCUAUUUAACUGCCACUAGACCAGACAUUAUGUUUGCUGUGAGUUUGCUUUCAAGAUUCAUGCAUUGCUGCAAUGAAAAGCACUUCCAAACUGCCAAAAGAGUGCUCAGGUACAUCAAAGGUACUAAGAGCUGUGGAAUGCUGUUUAGAAAAGUUGAAAACAUGAAAUUAAUUGGCUAUGCUGAUAGUGAUUGGACUGGAACAAUAGAUGAUAUGAAGAGUACCUUAGGGUAUCUGUUCACCCUUGGUUCAGCCAUUUUUUGCUGGAGUUCAAAGAAGCAAACUAUUGUUGCUCAAUCAACUGCUGAAGCAGAGUAUGUGGCAGCUGCAGGAGCUAUCAACCAAGCCAUUUGGCUAAGAAAAAUAAUGGCCGAUUUAAAUCAACACCAAAAGGAAGCAACAAAGAUCAAUUGUGACAACCAAUCUGCUGUUGCAAUUGCAAAAAAGUCAAGUGUUCCUUGGGAGAACGAAACACUUCAAGAUCAAAUUUCACUUUGUUAG